AUGGUCCGCUUUUCCGCCCUCUCGGCCGCUGGCCUUGCGCUUUGCGGCUAUGUCGCUGCCCACCCCGGUGAGCACCACGAUCACCACGAGAUGAAGCGCAACAUCCAGCUUCGCGACAACGUUGCCGCCAUCGGCCAGCGUUCCCUCAACUCCUGCUCCAACUCCGCCGGCGCCCAGAAGAUGAAGGCUCGCGCCGUCCAGCGCCGUGCGCAGAAGGUCAAGGAGAUCCGCGAGAAGAAGGGUCUCAAGGCUCCCGCCAGAAAGUACCGUCGUGACUCUGACGACCUCACCGCCUGGGAGGCCGUCAACCACAACCAGACCGGUGUCAGCAACAACGGCAUCUUCACUCCCCUUGAGGACGUUUUCAGCGCCAACACCAGCUGCGUCUUGGCUCCUGAGAUCACCGACGGCCCUUACUACGUUGUCGGCGAGUACAUGCGCUCCAACGUCAUUGAGUCUGAGUACUGCGACGGUGUGCCCUUGUUCCUGGAGGUGCAGUACGUCGAUGUCAGCACCUGCGAGCCCAUUCCCGCUGUUGCCGUCGACAUCUGGAACUGCAACGCCACCGGUAUCUACUCCGGAAUCUCAACCAACGGCAACUACGCCGCCGACGGCCUCAACAGCACUUUCCUCCGUGGCAUCCAGCUGACGGACCACGAUGGUGUUGUUCAGUUUGAGACCAUCUUCCCCGGUCACUACGAGGGCCGUGCCACCCACACCCAUCUCCUGUCGCACACCAACGCGACUGUGAUGCCCAACGGCACAAUUUCUGUCUGGGAUGCUCCCGUCUCUCACAUUGGCCAGCUCUUCUGGCCCGAGAGCCUCCGCUCCGCCGUCGAGGAGCUCGCCCCCUACAACACCAACACUCAGUCCGUGACCAGCAACGCCGAGGACAUGUGGUCCGUCCUUCAGGCCGACGCCUCCUACGAUCCCUUCCCCCAGUUCGUCUACCUCAGCAACGACCUUCAGGAUGGCCUCUUCGCCUGGAUCCAGAUCGGUGUCAACGCCUCCGCCGACUACACUGAUGACGACUACUACAGCAUCGCUGGCUACAUUGACGAGAAUGGCGGACACUCUUCCGGCACUAGCUUCGGUGGCGGUGGUGGUGGUGCUCCCGGUGGUGGCAACGGCACCGCCAACGGUACUGCGCCCAGCGGCGCUCCCCCUUCCGGUACCGGCGCUCCCCCUUCUUAA